CUAAUUAUUCAAAUCAUUAAAAAAAAAUUAAAGUAAGUAGUCAAUAAUUCCAAAGAGGUUUGCUUUAGAAAAAUAAACUAAUAAUAAAUUUGUAAAAAUGUGUUUUUAUUUUUAAGAGAAAAAUAAAUAAAUUAAUUAAUUAAUUAAUCUCAUCUAUUUCUUGUUGGGUCCAUUUUCACCUAUUGGCCUAUGACCAGUCCUAUUCCAGAUGUGAACUGUGACCACACGUGUAAUACUCCAAACACUAGCUUUGACACGUGUGACAAACAAACACCAACCCACCAAUCUCCAUGGCAUUAUCGUAAAUAAAUCAAAAAAACAAGCCCAAUUAAACUAACAUUCAUUCACACUAAAACUGCUCUCGCUCCACUUACACAGCUUAAAACGACGGCGUUUCUUCCAUCCACCAAGGUUUACCAAUCGACGAAGUCCAAAACUAACCCGAGUUAAAUUUUAACCCGAGGUUAAAAAUAACCAGGGUUAAUGUGUCUCCCCCAAUCAAACCCCACACACUGUCUUAUAUUAAACCUGAGCCAAAGAGAAACCACAGAGAGAAAAUUGAACGGAAAAGUGAAGAGAAAAUCUCAGAGAAAAUCGUUUUCCCGAGAAAAUGGCGUUUUACACCGAUGAAGAUGAGGUAUGGAAAUGUUCGAAACAUCCUUCUAAGCGUCGAAGAAGCGGAGUCUGUCCUGUUUGUCUCCGGGAACGACUUGGGAGUCUUUGUCCUGAUUGCGCAAACGUUAAGCCUUGUGGUUGUUGCGCAACGACGUCAUCUUCUUCAUCUUCUUCCGUCGACGGUGGUUCAGGUCUUGGUUCCGUUGGCCGAUUGUCGAGUCUCAUCGAGAGCGAGCCAGCUUUCCGUCGAUCGAGGUCUGUAGCCAUUCCUUUUCUUCGUUCCAGAUCAAGAUUCGUCGGUGGAGAUUCUAUUUCCGAUCUCGGCGGCGAUCGGUCUGAAUUACCGCCUUCCGGUGCCGGUUCGCGCGGUAAAGCGUCGUCGUUUUGGUCCGUUUUUAGGUCGUCUAAGAAGAGUCGGAGAGAAGGACACGAUGUUGAUUCGGUUAAGAAAAUCGAAUUGGAUGAAGAUAACGCCGCGUUGAGGAAGACGAUGAUGAUGAGGUCGAGGUCAGUGGCGGUUCCGGUGAGGUCGGUCGAUUCAGGUACGGGUGAGGUAAAAUCUUCAAAGAAUCGGAGUUGGUAUUUUCCGAGUCCGAUUAAGGUUUUCCGGCAAUCGAAAUUAUCUAAAAUUGUUCAAGCUAAUUCGCCUUUGUACAGAGGUUAAUAUAAUAGUAUUAAUUAAUUAUCAAUAUUUUUGUAGAGAAGAAAUUAUAUAAUCUCUAAUAAUUAACAAAAAAAAAAAAAAAGGAAACCUGAUAAUUAUUAUUAUUAUUAUUUUUUCUAUUAAUUAAAGAAAAAUAUUCUUGUACAAUUCAAGUUUGAGUAAUAUUUAUGUGAAAAACAGAGAUUUAUUACAA